UGUAAACUUCGGCUCGUUCAUCCGGUAGCGCACAGCGGCGGUUUCAGCGGUUCUGCUGGACUGAGUUCGGUUAUUCGGGAUGGCGGCUCUGCACCCCGGUGAUCCGCAGCUGGUGUCGAUGAUCGUGAAUCAUCUGAAGACGGAAGGACUGUUUGAUCAGUUCCGCAGAGACUGUCUGGCGGACGUGGACACAAAGCCAGCGUAUUUACACUUACGACAGCGAGUGGACAACUUUGUGUCCAACCAUCUGGCCAAUCACACAUGGAGUCCACAACUGAACAAGAACCAGCUGAGGAACAGCAUCAGACAGCUGGUCUUACAGUCUGGUAUGUUGGAGCAGGGUGUGGACCGAAUUGUGGCUCAAGUCGUGGAUCCAAAGGUCCAUCACACCUUUCGGCCGCAGGUGGAGCGAGUCGUUCGGAAGUUUCUGUCUCCAAACGGUCACGUGGAAGAGGAGGAGCCACCUGUAGCCCCGCCUCCACCUGCGGAAAACCAGGAAGAUCAGCUGACUGUAGAUAACAGGAAUGAUGCUGCUCCAUCUGGAAGUUCAAGCGCUGAUGUUCAGAAAAAAGAGACCAUCAGAGUUAUUGAUUCAACACAAGACCAAAGAGAGGAGGAGAUGGACAUCAGCAUCACUGAAGAGGAGCACAACACUACAGAGAAGGGAGAGGAGGAGGUGUCUGAGGAGAAGAAUGGAGGAGAAGAGAAAGAUGCAAAGGUGGAGAUGGAGGUGGAGAUAGAGGAGGUGAAGCAGGAGGAGGAGCAGGAACAGGACCAGGGAGACGCUAGAGAGAACAGCAGUAAACCAUCAGUGAAGAUCAGCGAGGAGAACCGAGAAGCUGAAGAUCAGAAACCCUCCAAACAACACAUCAAACUGAAGACCAGAGAGAGACUCAGAGAGGAAUACUCUCUGGAGGAGUCUGACCUGGAGGGUCUGAGUGACAUCACAGUGAGUUCUGUUCACACCAGCGAUCUUUCCUCGUUUGAAGGAGACAGUGAUGAGGAGGAGCCGCUGUCUGAAUCCUCAGAGGAGGGAGAGAUCAGCUCAGAGGGUGAGCGAGGGCAGAAAUCCCCAGCUGGUGAAGACUCUGAGGGCAGUAAAGAGAAGAAGCCACGUGGUGUGAGACAGGGCUAUAUACACAAACCCUUCUUGUACUCCCGUUAUUAUAGCGACUCCGAUGAUGAAGUCACUGUGGAAGAGCGACGCCGCUCUGUGGCCAAAGACAAAGAGGAGCGUUUGUUGAAGCGUCAGCAGAACCGUGAACGUAUGGAGGAGAAACGGCGUCAGAGAGCAGCUCAGACUGAAGAACAGGAUCGGAAGAAACAGGCAUCUGUCUCUACUGAUCAGAACCCUCAGCGACCGCGAGCCAAAGAAGCUCGAAAAGAGAAAAAAGUUCUGGAAAAGAAAGUUGCUCUGAGCAGACAGAGAAAGAUAGACUCCAGAAAAGACGAUGAUAAGAAGAAAAUUGAAGCUGAAGGAGAAUCAGUUAGCAAAGAUGUGAAGGCUGCAGGUCUAAAGUCAGUACGACGACUGUCUGAUAUGGACGAGCAGCGCAAAAAAAAGACGGACAGUGCAAGUGAGGAGAAACUCGCCGACAAAAAACGAGUCCACUCCUUCAUCCUGGAUCUGGAGCUCGGAACAGAGGAACGCCAGAGAACGGUUGGGAAAACCGAGCGGAAUGUUCGGAAAGAUGCGCACUCCAAAGAUAAGGAGCGCAAAGAUAAAGAGAAGGAGAAAGAGCGUGGCGUGUCUGAUGAGCGAGUGAAACACAAACUAAAGACAGAAAGUAAUAAAGGAGGAGACGCCGCUGCCGAUGAGAAAGACGGACAAACGGCGAAAGGAACAGGUGAUGAGAAGAAGGCAUCCAAGUUCAAGCAAGACAGGAAGAGCUCUGUGUCUUCCAGAGAAAGCAAGACGUCUGAAGCUCCGGAUGAGGGAAUCCUGAAGGAUUCCAAGAAAGGAAAGAUGCCCGUGGACACACUCAAAGAGAAGGAGAAACCGAAGGGAGAAAAAAUGGGAGGCAAGAGUGACUCAAAGCUGCUCCGUCAUCUGGACUCCACGGGCUCUUCUGAGGAGAGGUCAGAGGUUGAGGCGGGUUCCGAGGUCAGCCGUAAGAAAGACAAGCACCCUAAAGAGGUUCUGAAGAGGUCAAAGAGUCACACAGACAAGCUCAAGGUGAGAACAGACAGGAAGGACUCUGCGACCGGAGAAAGAGACAAGACUCCACAGAAAUCUGGUUCGGAAACAGACAGCGACAGCCGGAAGGCAGAGGCAGGGACAAAGGUCAAAUCCCUGUCGGAGAAACACCGAUCUAAAUCCAGAGAUGACCUGAAAACCCAGAAUCCCACUGGGGGCAAACCAGACAAGAAAAUUCCAGGCCAGGACACCAAGAGCAAAGUAGGAGCGGCAGGCGUCAGGAAAACCUUGGACGAGCGCGUGUCCAAGAAAAUGAAGGAAGCGAAGGUUGGAAAGAAAACGACGGAGAAGGUGCAGAAAGAUUCAGAGAGGAAGUUAGGUGGGAAGGAGAUUUCGGAAGUGAAGGAGUCUUCCACCAGCGCUCCAAAAACGGGCGAACCCGCUGACCCGAUACGUCCUGCAUCCCCGCCCGCUGUUCCAGACCCUGCCACUGUCUCGAGCACCACACCUCUACCAGACGACCCGUACGGUGCCCUGAGCGACAUCACGCCUGAAUCAGACGAAGAGGAGGCGGUCGUCCAAGAGCCCCGCCCACUGUCAGCAGAGGCCGACGCCCUCUUGAGCCUGAUGGACUUGUGCACCUCGGCUGCAGGAAAUGACAUCACAGCAUCAGCUGUGGGAGAAGAUACAGAGGCAGAUAUGAAGAUGAAAGAAGCGGCGCUCACACUGCUGUCCAUGGAUCCCGAUAUUUCACGCUCUUCGGAUCUUAUCGUCACAGAUUCUCAGGUUGCCAUGGAGAUGACGCCUACCAACCCGCCAUCGGGUGAAACUCUGCUUGGAGGUCCCGAGGAUACAGGAAAUGUGUCGGAAUACUCUGUAUCUGAAAUGGAAAAUAAAGACAAAGUGUCCACCAGCAACACGAUUCACCUGCAGGAUGAACAACAGCAAGACGCAGCUGCAUCUGCUCUUACUUUGGAACCGAUGGAGACAGAGGCCUCCAAUUUACAGGAAGUGACAUCAGAGGUUCGUGAUGAGCAGACAGAGAAAACGGACAAAGAAAGACGCACUGCAGACGCUCCCGGUCUGGAGCAGACACUUACUGCAGUCACAGCAGAGCCUGCACAGACCCAGAUAGCACAUGCAGCCGAAACAGACAUAGCUGAGUCUGCACCGGCCCUUGUUGCAGAUGCAGAUAUGCCUGAGCAGACCCUCACAGCAGACACUGCUGAAUCUGUGCAGACCCUUUCUGCUGCGCAGACCGCCUUUGCAGAUGCAGUUGAGCAUGCACAGACUGUCACCGCAGAUGCUGCAGACUCAUCAAAGACUCCCUCAGCAGACACAGGUGAAACUACGCAGACCCCUUCGGCAGACGCAGCUGAGACUGCGCCAGCCACCUUGGCAGAUGCAGCUGAGUCUGCACAGACCUUGACAGUCGCCGUAGAUGCAGCAGACCCUUUGCAGACUCCCUCCACAGAUAAAACUGAGCCUGCGCAGACCCUUACUGCAGACGCAGCGGAGACUGCGCAGAUUGUCACCACAUAUGCCGCAGACGUUUCGAGGACUCCAUCAGUAGACGCAGCUGAGCCUGCACAGACCACCUCGGCAAACCCAGCUGAGCCUGCGCAGACCCUCUCAACAGAGACAACUGAGCCUGCGCAGACCCUUACUGCAGACAGAGCUGAGACUGCACAGACUCGCAUGGCAGACUCAGCGGAGACUGCGCAGAUUGUCACCGCAGAUGCUGCAGACGCUUCACAGACUCCCUCAGUAGACACAGCUGAGACUACUCGGACUACCUCGGCAAACCCAGCUGAGCCUGCGCAGACCCUCUCAACAGAGACAACUGAGCCUGCGCAGACCCUUACUGCAGACAGAGCUGAGACUGCACAGACUCACAUGGCAGACGCAGCUGAGACUGUGCAAAUUGUCACUGCAGACGUUUCACAGCCUCCCUCAGUAGAUGCAGCUGAGCCUGCGCAGACCCUUACUACAGACAGAGCUGAGCCUGUGCAGACCCUCUCAACAGAGACAACUGAGCCUGCGCAGACCCUUACUACAGACAGAGCUGAGCCUGCGCAGACCCUCUCAACAGAGACAAUUGAGCCUGCGCAGACCCUUACUACAGACAGAGCUGAGACUGCACAGACUCACAUGGCAGACGCAGCUGAGCCUUCGCAGAUCCCUUCUUUAGAUGUAACCGAGUCUGUGCAGACACUUACUGCGGACACAGGCAGCACAACUGUCUCCGACGAACAGGAGCAGCAGAAGUCAGACGCCUCUGAGACGGAGGAGCAGACAGAUGGUGGCACACAGACAGGACGAUCAUCCACUCACAGGACAGCAAAUCAAACGAGAACUGAUGAAGACAAAGAACAAGCCAACAGGAAAGAGGGUGAUGAUGAAGACGAGGAGAGAUCUGAAGUGAGCGGAACUCCACGCAGAGGAAGAUCCUCUAAACCGUCUGACGCUCCACUGAGAGAAACCCGCUCUUCUUCACAGCCGAAAGAGGCGGAGUCAGUCAGAGAGGAGGAGCUAAAAGAGCAGGGUCGCAGGAGUCGACGCACAGCUGCUCAUAUUAAAGACACUCCAACAGUGAAACCUGCACUGAAACGGAAGAGAUCAGACGAGAGUUCAACUUCUGCUAAAGAUUCAGCAGCAGAGGAGAUGAAAGAGGAAGAACCAGAAAAAUCUGCCAAAUACAGACGAGAUGAUGUGAUUUCGUCUGAAGAUCAGGACAUGAUUAAAGCGGAUGAUGAGGAAGAGAAGAAGGAUGAAGAAGAUGCAACUGAGGACAAAGAGGAACCGCAGAGGAAACCGUCCCGCCGCGGACGACCCUCCAAAACCUCCUACAACACAGAUGAGUCGGAUACAGCAGCAUCUGAGAAAAGAGACGGAGGAGAGAAAGACGACGAUGAAGAGGAGACAAAAACAAGAGCGACGACUCGAGCUGCAUCUCGCCUGGAGGCUGAAAAAAAUAAACCGAGUAAACCGUCCACUCGCGCUGUGAGUAAACUCAGCGGAAAAGAAGAGAACUCGCCGAACACACGCUCGGUGAGGGGACGCAAGGGUGAGACCAGUCCUCCGGUUUCUCGCACUCGUGGAGGGCAGAAAUCUGAUGAUCCGCCUUCGAAACGAACCAAACGUUGAACACUUUACUAGUUUAUCAUGUCAAGCUCACCGUCAUUAGUAGCUUUUCACACCAGUGCGUGUUUGAGGGAGUCUCAGAGCGGCUGGAGAAGCAGCAGACGACUGAUGCUCUGAUGUUCUUCGACUGAGAGCUGAACUGUGUAAAUACAAGACUUCACGCUGUAGUUAUAUUCAUUCAUAAAAGUCAGUGUUGUUUGAAGUUUGAAGUUUUAUACCGUUGUGUACUGUGCCCACUCUCCUGUGUGUGUGUGUGUGUGUGUGUGUGUGUGUGUGUGUGUGUGUGUGUUUGUGUGUUUGUGUGUGUGUGUGUGUGUGUGUGUGUGUGUGUUGUUGUCAUGUUGACCAUAAAGAUGCUCAUUCUGUGAAUGUCAUGAGGAUUAUUUUUCCAUUUUAUAUUUUUAUCUUUUACUAUAAAUUCCAGUGCUGAUCUUA